GAGCCAUCCACUAUCUGCAGUGGUGUUGAAAUGACCGGAGACAAUGACAGAUGAGAGUCUCAGCAGCUUGGCAGUCUCACAUCCCCUUACCUCACUUGUCCCUAGCCACAGCUUCCAAACCAGCGCCAUUUCAAGGGACAUCAACAGAGCAGUCAAGUUCAUUGGGGCUGGGGCUACCAUAGUUGGGGUGGCUGGCACUGGGGCUGGGAUUGGGACUGUGUGUGGGAGCCUCCUCAUUGGUUAUGCCAGGAACCCUUCUCUGAAGCAACAGCUCUUCUUCUAUGCCAUUCUGGGCUUUGCCCUCUGGGAGGCCUUGCGGCUCUUUUGCCUGAUGGUGGCUUUUCUCAUCCUCUUCCCCGUGUGAAGGAGCUGGUCUCCACCUCCCAUAGUUCUUUCUCCCAUGUCUGAUAGGCCCUGUGUGUUCCUUUUCCUAUACCUCCUCAGGC